AUGUCAUCCAGAAAGAAGCUUUUGUUGAUGGGACGUUCCGGUUCCGGGAAGUCAUCGAUGAGGUCAAUAAUAUUUCUGAAUUAUUCUGCCUUUGAUACAAGACGAUUAGGUGCCACCAUCGAUGUUGAGCAUUCCCACCUAAGGUUUUUGGGAAAUAUGACGCUUAAUUUAUGGGAUUGUGGUGGACAAGAUGUGUUUAUGGAUAAUUACUUUUCAUCUCAAAAAGACCAUAUAUUCAAGAUGGUGCAAGUGUUGAUUCAUGUUUUCGAUGUUGAGUCCAAGUCGAUUAAAAAGGAUAUGGAAAUUUUCGUUAAAUCAUUAACUAAUUUACAAAAAUUCAGUCCAGAUGCCAAAAUUUUCAUAUUACUCCAUAAAAUGGAUUUGGUUCAAAUUGACAAAAGAGACGAACUAUUUUCAAUGAUGAUGGAGAAAUUACAAAAUAUAUCCAAUCCUUUCCAAUUCAAAUUGGUGGGCUUCCCUACUUCCAUCUGGGAUGAAUCGUUAUACAAAGCCUGGUCUCAAAUUGUUUGUUCUUUAAUUCCAAAUAUGAAUCUUUUCAAUAACAACUUAAUCAAAUUCAAUCAAAUCUUAGAUGCCGAAGAAAUCAUUCUCUUUGAAAAAACAACUUUUCUAGUCAUCUCGUCCACCUCCUCAAUUAAACAACAAAAGCAACCGGACUUGCAAGAUGAAGAAACCCUAGAUCCAAAAAGAUUUGAAAAAAUUUCAAACAUUAUCAAAACCUACAAGCAGUCAAUAUCAAAAUUAAGAACAAACUUCCAUAACUUGGUUAUCAGAGGCUCAAACGGUACCCAUUUCUACAUCGAUAUCCUAACCGAUAACCUAUUCAUCAUGAUUGUUUUGAAAGACAAACAAUUGACUGACUCCACCUACGUCAGCAGCCAUGAGGAAUUGGUGGUGCUUGAAAACAUCAAGGCCGCCAGAAAAUGGUUUGAAAAAAUCGAAAACGGUAAGUAA